GUUACAGAGGAUCCUUCAAUCCGUGGCAGUCGACAGACGGAUAGUGCCUCUGUUGAAGAGGAAGAAAAUGUAUCUAAAAGUUUUGUAUUCGUUGUUGUUGGUUUUGAUAUUCUAUGGAAUCCCUUCAACCGGUCAGAAGAAAAAGGAGACCCUGCUGUCUGAGAAGGUGGGCCAGUUGAUGGACUGGACAGGAAAGAGAUCUGUGAUCAGGAUGAAUGGGGAGAAGUUCCGUCGCUUUGUGAAGGCUCCUCCCAGGAACUACUCCGUGAUCAUCAUGUUCACUGCCCUGCAGCCCCAGAGGCAGUGUGGUGUCUGCAAGCAGGCAGAUGAGGAGUACCAGAUCUUAGCCAACUCCUGGCGAUACUCCAAUGCCUUCACCAAUAGGGUGUUCUUCGCUACUGUCGACUUUGAUGAAGGAUCAGAUGUCUUUCAGAUGUUAAAUAUGAACUCAGCUCCUACAUUCAUCCACUUCCCAGCCAAAGGGAAGCCUAAGAAGUCAGACACCUAUGAGCUGCAGGUCAGAGGGUUCGCUGCAGAACAGCUGGCCCGCUGGGUCGGAGACCGCACUGAUGUACAGAUCCGUGUCAUCCGUCCUCCUAACUAUGCUGGGCCUCUGAUGCUGGGCUUCCUGCUGGCUGUGAUUGGAGGGCUGGCCUACCUGCGCCGGAACAACCUGGAGUUCCUCUACAACAGGAACGUCUGGGCCUUCUCUGCCUUGUGUUUCUGCCUGAUCAUGACGUCAGGCCAGAUGUGGAAUCACAUCCGAGGACCCCCGUAUGCCCAUAAGAACCCAAACACUGGACAAGUGAGCUACAUCCAUGGCAGCAGUCAGGCACAGUUUGUCGCAGAGACUCACAUUGUCCUGCUCUUCAACUGUGCUGUUACCCUGGGGAUGGUCCUCUUGCAUGAGGCUGCCACAUCAGAUAUGGACAUUGGCAAGAGGAAAAUCAUGUGUAUAGGGGGGAUUUGUCUGGUGAUGCUGUUCUUCAGCUGGCUGUUGUCCAUCUUCCGAGCUAAAUACCAUGGUUACCCAUAUAGUUUCCUGAUGAGUUAAGAGCUGGAAGGAGUUUGGAGCCAUCAGGUCAAUCAGGAACCAGAUGAAUCCUGGAAGUUCCAAAGUGCCUCAGACAAAUAUACACAAACACACACAGUUGUUUAUUUAAUUCUGGUUGUUUCAUUCUGUUAAUUUUUUUUGGGGGGUUUGACCAGGUAGUCAUUCACUAUGGUUACAUGUUUUUAUAAAGAGAUAAAUAAAUGACCCUUUACCUGAAGGAAUGUUGGCCC